AUGGACUACUCACUCCAAAACCAUAAGUCCUAUAUCGGGCGGCCGAUCACGGAACUUCCAACCCCCUCACUCGUCUUGAGUAAGCCUGUUCUGGAGCGCAAUACGAAGCUUCUGCUUGAGGAUGUGAAGAAAUUGGGGAUUACGUUUCGGCCGCAUGUGAAGACUUUGAAGUGUACGGAAGUUACUCGGAUGAUGCUGGGCGAUGGCCUUCAUCGAAAGAUCGUGGUGUCUACGCUCUGCGAGAUUCGGGGUGCGUUGGAGCUGGUGAAUGAAGGAAUCCUAGACGAGUGUCUUUACGGGUUACCCAUCUUCCCUGGAGCCCUUCCGCAUCUCCACAAUUUAUCGCAGUCAGUCAAAGUUCAGCUCAUGAUUGACAAUGAGCAACAAGUCGACAUUCUCGAGAACUAUUUCGAGAAGAUGUCCCCGAAGGCCGCUCCCUGGUCCGUCUUUGUAAAGAUAGAUGUCGGGUCCCACCGUGCUGGCUUGAUGACAGAGUCGCCCUCCCUACCAAAGCUUAUUCAACGGAUUGAGUCAUCACCGGCUGCUACCAUCCAUGGAUUCUACUGCCAUGCUGGUCACUCAUACGCUUCUCGCACCGAGGAUGCCGCAGCAGCGGUCCUCGAGGCGGAAGUGGAGGGAGUGGGUAAGGCGGCGAAGUUCCUGAUCAAUGAGAAGCCAGAUCGUCAAAUUGUCAUUUCAGUAGGAUCUACUCCCACGGCCCAUGUUGUGAGAAGGCUACAGGCUACCUUGCCUGAAGUGAUGGAACUGGAGCUUCAUGCCGGUUGCUACCCAUCUAAUGAUCUACAGCAAGUCGCAACAUCACUUGUGACCCCCGAACAACAAGCAAUCCGUAUUCUAGCAGACGUCUGCAGCGUUUACCCCGGACGUAACGAAGCACUAAUCAACGCUGGAACCGUCGCACUUUCUAAGGAAUCCAGCGACUUUCCAGGCUACGGGACCGUGGUUGAUCGACCCCAGUGGUGUGUUGUUCGCAUGUCCCAGGAGCACGGUAUUCUGGGCUGGGCGGAAUCGGAACAGACCACCCGGCUAAUGGAGCACACGGGGUCAAAGUCAAGUACUGGUGAGAAGGCGGAAAGUGCAUUCAAGGUCGGCGAUAAAGUUCUCCUGUACGUGCAACAUGCCUGCAUUACUUCGGCGCAGCACUUUGUGUACUACGUCGUUGAUGAGCAAGACAUUGUGCGGGAGACUUGGGUUCCGUGGAAGGGGUGGUGA